AUGGAUAUCACCGUGCACGUCGAAGUGCAGUACCACGCCCCGGCGAGUGCCGUCACGCGGGACGUGCUCGAGAUGUUCCGGUCCACCACGUGGGUGCGCUUCAUGAUGCGGUACGUGUCCCCGCGUCUCAAGAGCUCGUCGCCUGCGGACCAGUCCAUCUUGGACGAACUCGAGAGCCAAGAGACGGCCGAGAUGCACGAGGGCGACGAGUGCGUCAUCUGCAUGAGCGAGAGCCCGUGCGACGGGCACGUGCGGCUGCCGUGUGGCCACUCGUUCCACUACCCGUGCAUCUCGUCGUGGCUGCAGACCCAGAGCACGUGUCCCGUGUGUCGGUUCCAGUUCCCCAAAGCGUUCACGGGCAAAUACGCCGUGCAGAAGCUCAAGUCGGCUAUGGUGCUCUCUGACGAGCAGACCAAGAUGCCCCGCGCCGAGCUGCUGGCCCUCGACAUUGGCAAACAAGUCGUGCGGGCGGUCGUGAGCGUCACGCUCGUGAAAGUCGCGGCCGAGGCCGACGACGAGCAGUUUCCGUGCGAACUCAGUGCGUGGAUGCUCGACCCGUCGGCAGGGGAGACGUUCUCCGAGCUCGACUGCAAGUGA